AUCCAAAUUGGGCUUUGGCGCUAAAAUUAGGUCAGCUUUGGAAAGCUUCAGUGUUGAGUCCCUUCACCUUUGUAUCCUUGCCCUCAUAUCUAGUAUUAACAGGUAGGGAAAUAUUGUCCACAGUUAGGUUUCAGUCCGCACCUGCAACUUGCCAAGGUUCUAGAAAUUGUAGACAGGAACAGCCACAAGGACCCUACUUUACGGAAAUGAGCGAUAGCACGGAACUCCCGGAGAUUGUACUCUUCGGAGACUCUCUAACGCAGUGGGGUUUUGAUGAGAACACACGCGGCUUUGGGUGGGUGCUCGAAAAUAAGUAUGAAGGCAAGGCCAUAGUUCUGAACGAAGGUGUGGCCGGCUACACUUCAACCUGGUUGAAACCACGAUUCCGGGAAAUCAUUGAGCGCGCCACCGAAUCUACCGCCUCGCCAACCUUAUUAAUCACGAUCUUCUUGGGCGCCAAUGAUGCUUGUCUCCCUCCAGCAGGUGCUCACGUGCCCUUACCCAAGUUCGAGGACAACAUUCGUGACUACGUGGAGACCAUCCUGGAUGAAGAGGGCCUGGAGAAUACGAAGAUCGUUCUCAUUACUCCGCCUCCAAUCAACAUCCCGGACCCGAAUCCCGAUGAAAUCGAUAUUGGUCCCGCGGCCUCAGCCGCAGAGGAGUAUGAUGCGAAGAAGAGCAGGGGUUAUCGAACGUACAUGAGCAAAAAACAAUAUGGAGACAAGAUCAUGGAGAUUGCAGCGUUUUACGAGGAGACGGGUCGAGUUGCCGGUCUCAACUACUGGAAGGCAUUGAUCGAUGCAGGUCUUGCAGAUCAGAAUAGAUCAGGCGAAGAGGAUGAAUACCACGAGGAUCGGCUCCCAGGAUGCGGAUUGAAGUGGGCCAAAGCAUUCAAGAAAGGUUACUUUACAGAUGGACUCCAUCUGGAUGGCCUGGCCUAUGAUGUUCUUUCUAAGGAGCUACUCGACCUAGUCCUAACGAAGUGGCCGGAGUUGGCGCCAGAAAAGGUCGAGCUAUAAACUUUGGAGGAUAAUUUGAUGCACCGAUUGGCUUGAAACAUGAUUCGUUUCAU